UGGUCGGAGCCAGCCGGCGGGUUACAUAACAUAACGGGCCCCGCGGCGAGUUCUCGCGAGAUUUCCGCCGCGAGAUUUCCUCCGCUCAGCCCCCGUCUCCCCCCGCCCCCCCGCGCGGUCCACGUCAGAGAGAGCCGGGCUCAGCGGCCAACAUGGCGGAACGCAGGCGGCACAAGAAGCGGAUCCAGGAAGUUGGUGAACCGUCUAAAGAAGAAAAAGCUGUAGCCAAAUAUCUUCGAUUCAACUGUCCAACAAAGUCCACCAAUAUGAUGGGUCACCGGGUUGAUUAUUUUAUAGCUUCAAAAGCAGUGGAUUGCCUUUUGGAUUCAAAGUGGGCAAAGGCCAAGAAAGGAGAGGAAGCUUUAUUUACAACAAGAGAGUCUGUGGUUGACUACUGCAACAGGCUAUUAAAGAAGCAAUUUUUUCACCGGGCGCUGAAAGUAAUGAAACUGAAGUAUGACAAAGACAUCAAAAAAGAAAAAGAAAAAGGAAAAAUUGAAAGUGGAAAGGAAGAAGAUAAAAAGAAUAAGAAAGAAAAUCUAAAGGAUGAAAAGACAAAGAAAGAGAAAGAGAAAAAAAAAGAUGGUGAAAAGGAAGAAUCCAAAAAGGAAGAAACUCCAGGAACUCCCAAAAAGAAGGAAACUAAGAAAAAAUUCAAACUUGAACCACAUGAUGAUCAAGUUUUUCUGGAUGGAAAUGAGGUGUUUGUGUGGAUCUAUGACCCAGUUCACUUUAAAACAUUUGUCAUGGGAUUAAUUCUUGUGAUUGCAGUCAUUGCAGCCACCCUCUUCCCUCUUUGGCCGGCAGAGAUGAGAGUAGGUGUUUAUUACCUCAGCGUGGGUGCAGGCUGUUUUGUAGCCAGCAUUCUUCUCCUUGCUAUUGCUCGUUGCAUUCUGUUUCUCAUCAUUUGGCUCAUAACUGGAGGAAGGCACCACUUCUGGUUCUUACCAAACCUGACUGCUGAUGUGGGCUUCAUUGACUCCUUCAGGCCUCUGUACACACAUGAAUAUAAAGGACCAAAAGCAGACUUAAAGAAAGAUGAGAAAUCUGAAGCCAAAAAACAGCAGAAGUCUGACAGCGAGGAAAAGUCAGACAGUGAGAAAAAGGAAGAAGAAGAGGGCAAAGUAGGACCAGGAAAUCAUGGAGCAGAAGGCUCAGGUGGAGAACGGCAUUCGGACACAGACAGUGACAGGAGAGAGGAUGACCGAUCCCAACACAGUAGUGGAAAUGGGAAUGAUUUUGAAAUGAUCACGAAAGAGGAACUGGAACAGCAAACAGAUGGGGAUUGUGAAGAGGAGGAAGAAGACAAUGAUGGAGAAACAGUUCAAUCUUCUCAUGAAAAGUCAUAAUCUAACUAAUUUUGGGACUAAAUAAGUGCAAAAUGUUGGGUUUUCUAUGUUGGCUGGUGAUCAUAAUUACAUAUGACAUUUGUAGCAUUCUUUCAAUUCAUUUACUGAAGUAGAUUUGACAUCCAACCAGUUACAUUGAGUUCUUCAUUUCAUAGAACACUUUGGUACAUUUUAAUGCCAUUUAUAAAUUUUAUCCAUUUGAUAAUUUUACAGUAACUAGGUUUUAUUCAUUUUGAUAGUUGGAAUUACUUUCCACAAUGAGAUUUAGAUUAAUGACAUUUUUGACAGUUGUACUGUUAAACAAAACUAAAAGGGAUUAAAACCAACAUUUUAGCUUAUGCCUAAUUAUGUAGCCAUUUCACAAUUUCUUUAAGGUGAUGCUUAAACUCAUUUUGGAUAGUUCAGUUUUGUUGGUUAUACAGUCAUACCAAGACAUUUCUAAGCCAGUUAGCAAGGUUCACAAACAUUUUGUGGAAAUAAGCCAACUAGAUAUAAUGCUACACUUUUAGUUUAGCUACAAAUUCUCCUUUUCCAACUUAGGAAAUCCAAACUGAUUUGUGCAUCUAAUUCAAAGAGAGACACAGUCAUCCCCAACAAGAAGCAGUAGCAUUGGUUGGAAGGUGAUGACUCUUCCUCCUCCUUCCCUAUUUCCUUGUUAUAAAGUAAAAAAUGUAUUCUGUACAUAAUUUACAAAUAAACAUUUUAUUUUAAUUGUUACUUAUUAUUUAGACAUUUUCUCAACACUUAAAUUUGUAAAAUUAAGUCCUGUAAGAGUAUGUUUUUAGAGAAAUGAACGUUUCAGUAACCCACAGAACAUCUGUGAUCUUUCUAGAGCAGCUUCAGUUUUGUGCCAACAUUCCAUGUAUUUGAGUAAGUUAAAAUGGUCCUUCUGAAGAGAACAGACUUAAGUAGCUGUUUGUAUGCCUUAAUGUUCAUUUUGAUUUAUCAUAAAUCUCUACAUUCAGAAAUGGGGUAUUGUUUUAUCAGACCAGGAGGCACUGCUAUGAAAGAUAAUUUACUGUUCUAAAAUAUAAAUUUAAAAUAAAGAGCAUAAAAAUAAGAGAACCAUUGGACUCUAAUUACUUCACACCAGUGUGCAGUUUGAUUUUAUGCUUUGCAUACCUUAAUGACAGAUCUUUCAGGAAAAUACUACAUUUAUUUAUGAACACAUCAUUAUCACAUCAUUCCUUGGAGUUAUACUCUUAAAAAUGGAAAUGAAUAUUACAUUUUUCUUCAGCUACAGUGAAAGCAUUUGCUUUAAAAUUCAAAUAGGUUAUGUGUGUGUAGUUCUACAUUUUGAGCUGUUUUCCAUCUAGUGUUUGAAGAUGUUAAAUUUCUAAUUGUGUAAAGAUACACUUCUGUAUACUGACACGUUUCAUUAAACAUGGCUUGAUUGCUGCUUUAUAGUAUUUGUAUAAAAAUUGUGGCUAUUUGAUGUUAAUAGUAUGAACUAUCCAGCUGAACUCAGUUUAUUUUAAAGGUUUUCUCCUAGAAAAUAUUUAUUAAUUUAGGUGCCCAGAUAUUUACCUCUUAUAUUUUCCAUUUUUAUUUGUUUUUUUUUUGUUUUUUUUUUUUGCUUUACUUACAUGAUUAAAAAAAAAGUAUGUAUAAUUAGAGCUUCUGAGCUGCUUAAUCAUCCGUGGUAUUAAUAGCUUUCUUAUGAUAUGAUAAUGGCACCAACAGUGUUCUUAAAUAAAAAUGAGUUUAUCUUUA